AUUAUGCGGCGGAAUUGCGAGGUGGAUUUUUAACCCUAAUAUGAAACUGAAAGAUAUUGCAAAGAUUAUUAGGAGUGCAGUUACAUCAAUUGAUUCAAGAAUACUCUCUUAUCAAGGCCAAAUUGUGGAAGGCGAUGAGCUUACUCAUAAAUUAAUACAUGUUCACACAAAUCUCCCAUCUGAUAAUGAGAGCGAUCCAUACACUGAAACUUUCUGCUAUUUUGCUUCAGAACGUGUUGCAAAUCUUUGUUUGGAAAAAUUAAAAAAAGAUGAUAAUGAAAAAUUGCGCAAAUUUAUGAACAAUGCACAAGAAAUAUCGGAAAUGGGAAGCCUCCGUGGACAAUUAUUUGAAAUGAUUUGUCACGUAAUUCUUCGUAGUGGUAAAGGCUUCAUGGUACGUAACCUUCUAGAUGGGAGUGAAGAAAUUAGGAACUUUGGAGUCCUAAAAGAAGAGUUUUAUGAUAAGAUUACAGAGAUUAAUCUAAGCGGAAAUUCUUAUUAUCGUCCAUAUAGUAAGACUAGUAAAAGCGUGGAUAGUUACAUCCAUUUAAAUAUAUUAUUUCAAAUAACGGUUGCCAAGAGACACGGGAUCAAACAAAAAGGAUUAAAAAAUUUGGAGAAUAUCUUGAAUAAAUCGAACGAAAUUUAUUUAUAUUUCGCAGUUCCGAAAGAUAUUUUUGAAUCAUUCACGAAACAAAAUUACUUGGAUGGAGAUAAGAAAGCGGUAGAUGUUGAAAAUUGGAUUAAUGAAAUUAAGCAAUAUAGUUUACGCGUUGAUCUUGAUCAGUUUUUAAUUUCUGAUUACCAUAUAUAA